AAAAUGCAUAAUUAUUUUCGCAAUUUACUUCAAAAUCGUGUAUUUUCUGUGGCACUUGGAUCAGUUCGGAAUAAAUAUAAAUAUGUUGGGAUGAUUGAAGAAUCCGAUGGAACGCUUAAAGGUGACAUUAAAGCAGGGAUGGAGCGAGUUAUGCUUAAAGAAUUGGUUCAUGGUUUUGCCCACGUUUUUGGACACAUGUUUAUGGAGCCGGCCACAAUCAACUACCCUUUUGAGAAGGGUCCGCUUAGCACCCGAUUCCGAGGAGAGCAUGCACUUCGUCGCUAUCCUUCAGGCGAGGAGCGUUGUAUCGCUUGUAAAUUGUGUGAGGCUAUAUGUCCUGCCCAGGUUUUUUUAAAUUAUUUUUUUAAAUAUAAUUUAAAGGCAAUAACAAUCGAGACUGAAACACGUCCAGACGGUAGUCGACGAACAACACGUUAUGACAUUGAUAUGACAAAAUGUAUUUAUUGUGGAUUGUGUCAAGAAGCUUGCCCUGUUGAUGCUAUUGUUGAAGGUCCAAACUUUGAAUAUUCAACAGAAACACACGAAGAAUUACUUUAUAAUAAAGAAAAGCUUUUAUCAAAUGGUGAUCGUUGGGAGCCAGAAUUGGCAGCAAAUUUGCAAGCAGAAUUUUUGUAUAGAUAAAUUUGGGAUGAAAAUAAUAUUUCGAAAAUUAGAAAAAAUUUUAUUUGUUUGUUUGAAAAAUAUUUUAGGUUUUUUGAUAAAAUUUUUGUUUUUUCUUUAAUUUUCUAUAAUUUGAUUGGUAUUUUAAAUCCAAAAAUUUUUUUAUUUAAUAUUUUGAGGUUUUUGAAUUUUUAAUUUUUAUUUUUUCUUUUAGUUCUCUUUUUCACAUGCUUUAUUUUCUAUUUUUGGAAAGGCCUGUUUUGACGCUCGCAAUUUUUUAAAGUGUUUUUAAUGGCUAUUAAUUUUGUUGAUGCCUAGUUUGUGGUUUAACUAUGUCCAGGUUCUAAUCUGCCAGCGGUUGUUUUUUUCUUUUUUUUUUGAAAAAAUUUUUCAAAUUUUUGGAGAUUUUUUUCUGAAAGUUUUUUAGAAUUUUUCUAUGAUUUUUUAAAAGUCAUUGAAUUUUAAAAUUAAAGAAAUUUAUUUAAAUUCAUUUUUGAAAAAAAACAAAUUCUAAAAAUAUAUUCUAUUUUUAUAAGUGGGUGUUAAAAAGGGGGUUAGUGCAGCUGCAUUCCUUUCGCGUAACAUUUUUAUCGUCCAAAAAAAUCUAUCGAUAUAUUACUUACUCUCUUUUUUUCUGCUUAUUAAAUUACACUUUUCCGGAAUUUUUUUCUUAAUUAAAUUUUUAAUUUUUUUAUUUAUCAAAUUUUAUUUUUUCAGCACCAAAAAUUUUUUUGAAAAUUUUUCUGGGAAUAUGUGGGAUUUUUUGAGUAGAUUUUUUGUUGGUAGGUGCG